AUGAUCGACUGGCGAGGUUUAUCUGAAUGCGAGUGUGUUAUUUGGUGUCGUGUGCGGCGCCCGGCACCCACGCGUCGAGGCGGAAUUGAGUUAUUUGUGGUCGGCGGCGGCGGCAUUAACGAAUGGUCAUUGCGCGGGGGCUUGAAUGACGACUUCGGAACGAGCUCGCCUUUGGGCGAAGGCAGCAUGGGCUGGGGACCCGUGGAUCACAUCGGCUAUCUACUGGAAGGCCCGAACUCGAACAAUGCCCACGAGGAUGACGAGGGGAAAUGCAAAAACACGGGUCUUGACUGCGACCCGACGUCCGACGAUCAGAUCAGCAUGUUCCACACGAUUGCGUUCGGUUUGGACGACAAAUCCGACGACGCGUCUGGGCUAUCUUCGAGUAAACUGGACAGCGACGGAGACGUGGUAUUCAAAGACAAGAUGAUGUCGGAAGCGACGAUCGAAUCUACGCUGCAGAUGCUGCAGACCUCUGUCGCCAAUUGGGGAUCGACAGUCACAUCGUCUGCCUCCUCCCCGACACUGUCGUUGCCAUCUUUGAUGGCACUGCCGUCUGUGUCUAAGCCAAACUCUGCUGCUGCUGCGAGCCAGGCCGCAUCAGUCUCUGAUGUGUCGUGUCAACUCACUUCGAACGCGGAUACGACAGAAACGACGAUUUCGAAUCCGAGUGUCUUUCGACUUCCGAUCAAACAGGAACACUCGUACUCUCUGCUGAUCUCGCAGACACCCGGCUCCAGAUCCCAGUGUGGGGAAAGGAUCAUUAUCCGGAGAAACCCCGAGAAACAAGUAUCCUGUCUUCUUCUCUUCAUGUUUGUAAAAAUUUUGGUUCGCGUAAUAAUCUUGGAUGGAUCGAAAUGGGCGCACUCUUUACCAAUUGAUAUUACGUCAAGUUUUGACCACUCUGUUGAAAAUAGGUAA